CUGGGGCCAUGGGGCUUAGGAGCUUUGGGGUCAGCUCUGCAAAGGGAGUGUUUGCUGAAUGCUUCCAGCAUCUACAGCCCCUCUGGGCUUGGACUGGGGGUUUGGGGUAGGGUCGCAGCAGCUAUAGCUUUGGCUCUGGCCAAGGCCCUCUUGGGCUGGGAGGAACUAGACAGGCCCCUGCCAGACUGUCACAGGCUCGUGGUGCUGGCAUUGGCUCAGGCUUUCAUACCCACACACGGAUACACACUGGCUGGCAUUUCCUUGGUGGCCUCCAUAGUCUCACCUUCAGACCCACAGGUCCUGCCUCCCAGGCUCAAAGCUGACUCCACCAGGGACACAGUGACAUGAGAGGCACACCACAGACCCACCUCCUGGCCUUCUCUCUCAUCUGCCUCCUCUCAAAGGUGUGUGCCCAGCCAUGCCCGCCACUGUGUGCCUGCCCCUGGCCACCACCCCGAUGCCCACUGGGGGUGCCCUUGGUGCUGGAUGGCUGUGGCUGCUGCCGGGUGUGUGCACGGCGGCUGGGGGAGCCCUGCGAUCACCUGAACGUCUGUGACCCCACCCAGGGCCUGGUCUGCCAAGUCGGGGCAGGCCCCGGCAGCCAGGGAGCCCGUUGCCUCUUGGGAGAGGAUGACGGGAGCUGCGAGGUGAACGGCCGCCUGUACCAGGACGGGGAGACCUUCCAGCCCAACUGCAGGAUCCGCUGCCGCUGCACGGAUGGUGGCUUCACCUGUGUGCCACUGUGCAGUGAGGACGUGCGCCUGCCUAGCUGGGACUGCCCUCACCCCCAGAGGGUUGAGGUCCCGGGCAAGUGCUGCCCCGAGUGGGUGUGUGACCAGCGAGCUGGGCCAGGGGUCCAGCCCCUUCCAUCCCAAGGAUCCCAGUUUUCUGGCCAUGUGGCUCCACCACGCCCUGGCAUCCCCUGCCCAGAAUGGAGCACAGCCUGGAGCCCUUGUUCCACCACCUGUGGGCUGGGUGUGGCCACCCGGGUGUCCAACCAGAACCGCUUCUGUCGUCUGGAGACCCAGCGCCGCCUGUGCCUGCCCAGGCCCUGCCCACCUGCCAGGGGCCGCAGCCCACAGAGCAGUGCCUUCUAGAGCCAGGCUGGAAAUGGAGACGCCAUGCCCACCCUGCCCUGUUCCUGGGUUCUGGGCUGAUGGCAGAAGUCUCCUGCCCAUGCCCGUGGCUGCAGGCAACAACCCAGCUUGGGUCCACACCAUCCAGGGCCGGUGGGUCAAGAAUGUUCACAAGCCACCUGGUCCCCCUGAACCCUGAGACAGAGGGGGAUGCACAACCUAACCCCCCCUUCCUAACUCACAGCCUGGGAAGCUGGCCAAGUUUUUCAGAGUUUUCUGGUCCAUUCCCAGACUACACUCAGCCUUUAGCGCGCACAUGGGUGAGCU